AUGGGCGCAGCGCCGGCGCGCGAGGACCACGUGGUCAUCUCCCCACGCGACCUCACGGACGCCGACGGCGUGCUGCUGGGCUUUCCGACAAGGUUCGGUAUGAUGGCGGCGCAGAUGAAGGCAUUCCUGGACGCCACGGGCGGGCUGUGGCAGAGCCAGGCGCUGGCGGGGAAGCCCGCGGGCGUGUUCCUCUCCACAGGCACGCAGGGCGGCGGGCAGGAGACCACCGCGCUCACCGCCGUCACGCAGCUCACGCACCACGGCAUGCUCUUCGUGCCUCUGGGGUAUACCUUUGGCGCCGGCAUGUUCGGCGUCGACGAGGUCAGGGGUGGCAGCCCCUACGGCGCGGGCACCUUCGCCGGCGCCGAUGGCAGCAGGACGCCCUCCCAGGCAGAGCUCGCCAUAGCCAGACACCAGGGCACCUUCUUUGCCGGCAUCGCCAAGAAGCUCAAGGCCGGAGCCACGGCCCUCGCCGCCGAAGCCUCAGCGUCAGCUUGA